AUGGCGGCGGGGUCGGGUGGGAGUGGGGGCCCCGGGCCGGGGCCGGGCGGGGGCGGGGGGGGCCCCGGCGGGAGCGGCCCAGGGCCGGGGUCCAGCGGGGGUCUCGGCAGCGGCGCGGAGCUGCACCCGCGCACUGGGCGCUUGGUGAGCCUGUCGGCCUGCGGGCGUACAGCGCGGCGGCAGCAGCCGGGCCAGGAGUUUAACCACGGACUGGUGUUGAGCCGAGAACCCUUGCGCGAUGGACGCGUCUUCACCGUCCGCAUCGACCGCAAGGUCAACUCCUGGAGCGGCUCCAUUGAGAUCGGGGUGACGGCGCUGGACCCCAGUGUACUGGACUUCCCAAGCAGCGCCACGGGACUGAAGGGGGGCUCGUGGGUAGUGUCAGGCUGCUCGGUGCUGAGGGACGGACGCUCCGUGCUGGAGGAGUACGGCCAGGACCUGGACCAGCUUGGCGAAGGGGACCGUGUGGGCGUGGAACGCACGGCUGCCGGGGAGCUGCGGCUCUGGGUGAACGGGCGGGAUUGUGGCGUGGCUGCCACGGGCCUGCCCGCUCGGGUCUGGGCUGUCGUGGACCUUUAUGGCAAGUGCACCCAGAUCACUGUGCUGCCCCCUGAGCCAGGCUUCUGUCCCCCUGCUCCCCUCCCCACCCCUCCCCUCGAGCCCUCAGCCCCCUCUGAAGACCCCGCCUUGGCUGAACAGGGAACCUCCGGGGAUGAAGCCUUCAUGGUGUCCCCAGCGCAGGCCCGGCCGGAGACGUUUCCUAACAGCCUUGACUCGCAUAAUGACUUUGCCAGCAUGGAGCUGUCUGAGGUGGUGAGCAACACCAUCCUGUCUGCCUACAACGGGGGGCUCCUGAACGUGAACCUGAGCUCCCCCCCGGCAGGGGAUGGGCUGGCAUCCAGCGGCGCUGCCACCUCGCCCAUCCUCACUUCCAAUGACGCCCUGCUCUUUCACGAGAAGUGUGGGACCCUCAUCAAACUCAGCAACAACAACAAGACAGCUGAGCGUCGGCGGCCCCUGGAUGAGUUCAACAAUGGGGUCGUCAUGACUAACCGCCCGCUGCGGGACAAUGAGAUGUUUGAGAUCCGCAUUGACAAGCUUGUGGAUAAGUGGUCAGGAUCCAUCGAGAUCGGUGUCACCACGCACAACCCCAACAGUUUGGAGUACCCAGCCACCAUGACCAACCUGCAGUCAGGCACCAUCAUGAUGAGUGGCUGUGGGAUCCUCACCAAUGGCAAAGGCACCCGCCGGGAGUACUGCGAGUUCAGUCUGGAUGAGCUGCAGGAGGGAGACCACAUCGGCCUCACGAGGAAGUCCAAUUCUGCCCUGCACUUCUUCAUCAAUGGCAUCGACCAGGGUGUGGCCACCCCGCUGACGCCCCCCGUGGUGUACGGUGUGGUGGACUUGUAUGGGAUGGCGGUGAAGGUGACCAUCGUCCACAACAAUAACCACAGCGACCGUCUCCGCCGCAACAACGCCAUCCUGCGGGCACUGUCCCCCGAGGGCGCCCUGCGCCGAGCCGCUCCUGCCGCCCAGGCAGAACCCGAGCGCCUGCUCUUCCACCCUAACUGUGGCCAGAAGGCAGCCAUCACCCACGAGGGACGCACUGCCCUGAGGCCCCAUGCCACCGACGACUUCAAUCAUGGCGUGGUACUCAGCAGCAGAGCCCUGCGGGAUGGAGAGGUGUUCCAGGUGCGCAUCGACAAGAUGGUGGACAAAUGGGCUGGCUCCAUUGAGAUUGGCGUCACCACUCACAACCCUGCCUAUCUCCAAUUGCCCUCCACCAUGACCAACCUGCGCUCUGGGACCUGGAUGAUGACCGGGAACGGGGUGAUGCACAACGGGACGACCAUCCUGGACGAGUAUGGGCACAACCUGGACCGCCUCAAGGCAGGGGACACGGUGGGCGUAGUGCGGCGGGAGGACGGGACGCUCCACUUCUUCGUCAACGGGAUGACUCAGGGCCCUGCCGCCUGGAACGUGCCUCCUGGCGUCUACGCCGUCGUUGAUCUCUACGGCCAGGCAGCCCAGGCCACCAUCGUGGACGACGUGGAGGUGCCCCCGGUUCCUGAGCCCCUCCCUGAGGGGAACAACCAGGUGUCUCCGAGCUCUCCGUCGUCAGGGGCCGGGGGCUCUGACCUGCGCUUCCACCAGCUGCAUGGCAGUAACGCCGUCAUCACCAACGGCGGCCGCACCGCGCUGCGCCACAACUGCCGCAGCGAGUUCAACGACGCCAUCGUCAUCUCCAACCGGGCCCUGCGCGACGGAGAGCUUUUUGAAAUUGUCAUUCAGAAGAUGGUGGACCGCUGGUCAGGCUCCAUUGAGGCAGGAGUGACUGCUAUCCGGCCUGAAGACCUGGAGUUCCCCAACACGAUGACCGACAUUGACUAUGAUACGUGGAUGCUGAGCGGCACCGCCAUCAUGCAAGACGGCAACACGAUGCGCAACAACUACGGGUGUGACCUGGACGCGCUGGGCACGGGUGCGCGCAUCGGCAUGAUGCGCACCGCCAAGGGCGACCUGCACUAUUUCAUCAACGGCCAGGAUCAAGGCGCCGCCUGCUCAGGCUUGCCUCCGGGUAAAGAGGUGUACGCGGUCGUGGAUCUCUACGGCCAGUGUGUGCAAGUGUCCAUCACUAACGCCACCGGCCCCAUGGACAACAGCCUGGCCACCAGCAACAGCGCCACCGAGAAGUCCUUCCCCCUGCAUUCUCCAGUGGCUGGUGUGGCUCACCGAUUCCAUACUACCUGCGGCAAGAACGUCACCCUGGAGGAGGACGGCACGAGAGCCGUGCGGGCGGCUGGCUAUGCUCACGGCCUCGUCUUCAGCACCAAGGAGCUCAAGGCUGAGGAAGUCUUUGAGGUCAAAGUGGAAGAGCUGGAGGAAAAGUGGGCGGGGUCCCUCCGGCUGGGACUGACCACGCUAGCCCCAGGGGAGAUGGGGCCUGGGGCAGGCGGCAGCCCCGGGCUGCCUCCCUCCCUGCCAGAGCUCCGGACGAAGACCACCUGGAUGGUGUCCAGCUGUGAAGUGAGGCGUGACGGGCAGCUGCAGAGGAUGAACUAUGGCCGGAACCUGGAGAGGCUGGGGGUGGGCAGCCGUGUGGGUAUUCGCCGGGGGGCCGACGACACAAUGCACAUCCUGGUAGAUGGAGAGGAUAUGGGGCCUGCAGCGACUGGCAUCGCCAAGAACGUGUGGGCUGUGUUGGAUCUCUACGGGCCAGUGCGCUGUGUCUCCAUUGUCAGUUCCACCCGACUGGAGGAGUCAGAAGGCACCCAGCCUCCUUCCCCCAGCUCGGACACCGGCAGCGAGGUCGAGGAAGAUGACGAGGGCGAGGAGCGUGGCCUGGGAGGUCAGGAUCAAGUGGAUGUUGUGCCCACAGCACUCGAGUUCCUGGAGAACCAUGGGAAGAAUAUCCUCCUGUCCAACGGGAAUCGGACAGCCACGCGGGUGGCCAGCUACAAUCAGGGCAUUGUGGUCAUCAGCCAGCCCCUCGUUCCCCAGCUGCUGGUCCAGGUGCGGAUAGACUUCCUGAACAGACAGUGGACGUCUUCUCUUGUCCUGGGUGUCAUCACCUGCCCACCCGAGAGGCUCAACUUCCCUGCUUCUGCCUGUGCCCUCAAACGGGCAGCCUGGCUGCUGCGGGGCCGCGGCAUCUUCCACAAUGGUCUCAAGAUCUGUGAGAAGUUUGGGCCAAACCUGGACACGUGUCCUGAAGGCACCGUACUGGGACUGCGGCUGGACGGCUCUGGGGGGCUACAUCUCCACGUCAAUGGAGUGGACCACGGCGUGGCCGUGCCAGACGUGCCCCAGCCCUGCCAUGCGCUCGUGGACCUCUACGGACAGUGCGAGCAGGUGACAAUCAUGAGCCCUGAACCAGGGGCCGCCAGUGGGAAGAGUGCUGGAACCCAAGGGGACAUGGAGAAAGCUGACAUGGUGGACGGUAUCAAGGAGAGCGUAUGCUGGGGUCCACCGCCAACUGCCAACCCCCUGAAGAGCUGCGAGUACCACGCCCUUUGUUCCCGCUUCCAAGAGCUGCUGCUGCUUCCUGAGGACUAUUUCAUGCCUCCACCUAAGCGUAGCCUGUGCUACUGUGAAUCUUGCCGGAAGCUUCGAGGAGACGAGGCCCACAGGCGCAGAGGGGAGCCCCCCAGGGAGUACGCCCUGCCCUUUGGCUGGUGCAGGUUCAACCUCAGGGUGAAUCCCCGCCUGGAGGCUGGGACGCUAACUAAGAAGUGGCACAUGGCCUAUCACGGGAGCAACGUGGCAGCGGUGCGGAGGGUGCUGGACCGAGGGGAGCUGGGAGCAGGCACUGCCUCCAUCCUGAGCUGCCGGCCCUUGAAGGGAGAGCCCGGGGUAGGGUUUGAGGAGCCCGGCGAGAAUUGUGCACCUCCCCGGGAAGAGCAGCCCCCUCCAGUGCUGCUUUCCCCUUCCCUUCAGUACGCCGGGGCCGAGACCCUGGCCUCCAAAGUGCAAUUCCGGGACCCCAAGUCUCAGCGGACACACCGGGCUCAGGUGGCGUUCCAGGUGUGUGUGCGCCCUGGCUCCUACACCCCGGGCCCCCCUUCCGCUGCACUCAGAGAACCUCCGGACCCCCACUUCGGCGCGGCCGAACUUGAGUGGGUCACUAAGGAGAAGGGGGCCAUACUCCUCUAUGCCCUGCUGGUACGGGUGGAAUGAGGGGUGAGACCCCACUACUACAAGCACAGCUGGGUCUCGGCCCGCGGACUCCCGAGUGACGCCUGCCUCCACCUCAUUCCAGUGACUCAUGGCAUGCACAGGUGCUCAGUGUUGGCAGAUGCGCAGGAACUGCAGUGUAGACAGGCUCUCAGAUUCAGAUGGGAAGUGGAGCACACCUCCGUGUCCAGGGGCCCAGAACACUCCCUCUGAUGGCGGGGAGCUUGGGGGGAGCCCAGCUCCGGGCCCUGGGGACCCCUCUUCAUGCACUGAUUUGGGGAACACGACUCCCUACUACUCCCCUCCCCCAUAUCACUUAAUUUAUUUCCGUUUUUGUUUCUGGUUACUGUGAACCCCAGGAGUCUCCCUGUGUCCACAUGAAGCUGCUUUUCCGGGGCCGGCGGGUGGGCGUGGGCCGGGCGGGCGAGGACGACGGGGCCCUCUGUACAGUUGUUACUGACUGAUUUCUAAAGAGCCAAUAAACGCCCUC